GGAAAACACCGGCGGGCAGCGGGGACCCCUCCCCCUUCCUCCCUCCUCCUCCUUCUCCCCCCCCUCCGCAUCCCGGUGCCCCGCGCGCGCCCCCGGGCUCACGCGCGGGCAGAGCGCGCGCAGUUACACACGCAUACACACACGCGCGCACGGAGAGCUCCAGGCGCGCGCGGAGGGACUGUUGCGGAGGGGGGGCGGGCGGGGGGAGCGAUCGCGCGCGCCCCCAGAGGAGCGGCGGCGGCGGCGGCGCUGAGGAGGGGACACCGGCGGCGGGGCGCCUCCCCCCGGGCAGCUCCGCGCCCGCCGCCCGCCCGCCCGGGCGAUGGUGGCGGCAGUAACUUCCCCUUGAGGGGACGGGCCGGGUCGGGCCCCGCCGCGCCGAGCGGAGCCGCCGGGCCGGGAGAGGAGCGGAAAGUGGGGAAAGCCCGAGAACUUCCCGCCCGCGCCCGCCCCGCCGGGCUUCGCCGUUUCCCUCCUGAGAGAUGUCUGAGGCUCCUGCUCAGUGUUGCAUCAAGGCCUUUCAUACUUUGGUGCUGGACUCCCUACAGAUGCCUCUGACAAGUGGAAAAAUAAUAGUUGAGAAAACCUCUCAUGUGGAUCAUAGAAUCAGACCUUCUGCUCUGUGAUUUUUCGUCAGCAGAGCAGGAAAGAAUUUCCUACACACCUCCAGUGAGCCCGGUACCAAAUUACACUUCCUCGUCACCACUACAUGUCCCAGUGCCUCGAGCGAUCAGGAUGGAGGAAGACACGAUCAGACUGCCAGCACACCUGCGUUUGCAGCCCGUUUACUGGAGCAGGGAUGAUGUGGCACAGUGGCUCAGGUGGGCGGAGAAGGAGUUUUCCUUGAGGCCGAUUGAGAGCAACACUUUUGAGAUGAACGGCAAGGCUCUGCUGCUCCUGACCAAAGAGGACUUUCGAUACAGGUCUCCUCAUUCAGGUGAUGUUUUAUACGAACUCCUUCAGCAUAUCCUGAAGCAAAGGAAAGCUCGUAUGCUCUUCACACCUUUCUUCCACCCUGGGAACUCUAUCCAUGCUCAGCCAGAGGUCAUAUUACACCAGAAUCAUGAUGAAGAUAGCUUUGUCCAGAGACCUUCAAGACCAUCCACAGAAACAGUCCACCACAACCCCCCAACCAUUGAACUGUUGCAUCGUUCUAGAUCACCCAUCACCAACAACCACCGUCCAUCACCAGAUCCCGAUCAGCGGCCACUGAAGUCCCCUAUGGACAACACUAUCCGUCGCCUCUCCCCAGCUGACAGGGUGCCAGGGACAAGGCAUCAGCAAGAGAACAACCACCAGGAGCCCUAUCCUCUCUCAGUGUCCCCGAUAGAAAACAACCACUGCCCGCCUCCUUCUGAGGUGCUCCAGAAGCCCUCCAGCCCUCGCCAGGAGAACACCAGGGUCAUCCAGUUGAUGCCCAGCCCUAUCAUGCAUCCUUUGAUACUGAACCCCAGGCACUCCGAUUUCAAACCACCAAGGUUGUCCGAGGAUGGGCUGCACAGGGAGGUAAAGCCAAUCAACCUGUCCCACCGAGAAGAGUUAGCUUAUAUGAACCACAUCAUGGUGUCUGUAUCCCCUCCUGAGGACCAUGCAAUGCCAAUUGGAAGAAUAGCAGACUGUAGGUUGCUUUGGGAUUAUGUUUAUCAGCUGCUUUCUGACAGCCGGUACGAAAAUUUCAUCCGAUGGGAAGAUAAGGAAUCCAAAAUAUUUCGGAUAGUGGAUCCCAACGGGCUGGCCCGGCUGUGGGGAAACCACAAGAACAGAACAAAUAUGACUUAUGAGAAAAUGUCCAGAGCCCUACGCCACUACUACAAACUAAAUAUUAUCCGGAAGGAGCCAGGACAAAGGCUUUUGUUCAGGUUCAUGAAGACCCCAGAUGAGAUUAUGAGUGGCCGAACAGACCGCCUCGAGCACCUUGAAUCCCAGGAACUGGAUGAACAAAUAUACCAAGAAGAUGAGUGCUGAAGGGAACUGGUGCACCGCCUCUGUGGGUCCAUGGCAGAAACAUCUGCCCGGAUGGCCGGCACACUUUGGGAAGGGAAGCAACAACACAGAAGCAGUACUUGGGGUUGCCGCUUAGCUUGAAGACCACGCAGGACCUGAAGCACCUUAACAAAACAAACUAACAGGCAGAAGUGGUGCUGGCAGAAAAGUGAAGGGGAGAAAGCCUGGACUUAUGCACUACUUCACUGUUCCUACAAAGUCUCCCUUGAGUUCUUUCUUUCUUUUUGGUUUGUUUCAGUUUUGGGGGUUUUUUUGUUGUUUUUUUUCCCUAAUAAACAUGCAGUUUGACUUCCCUUAUCUCACAUA